AUGGAAGCAUCACAAGGAGGAGGGGGAUCGGAUAGAGAAAAAGUCAACUCAUCGUCAUCCUCUACCACUUUAUCUGCUCCUUUAUCUGCUGUUGCUACUUUCUGGAAAGAUUUUGAUUUAGAGAAAGAAAGGACCAUUCUGGAUGAACAAGGGCUAAGAAUAGCAGAAAAUCAGGAAAACAGUCAAAAAAACCGUCGUAAGCUUGCAGAGAGCACCAGAGACUUCAAGAAGGCUUCAAAUGAAGAGAAGUUGGUUUUGUUCAACUCUUUACUCAAGGGUUAUCAAGAAGAGGUUGAUAAACUUACCAAAAGGGCGAAAUUUGGAGAAAAUGCAUUUCUUAACAUUUACCAGAAACUGUACGAAGCACCGGAUCCAUACCCUGUUAUUACUUCAAUUGCUGAGAAGGAUGCCAGAUUGUCUGAACUAGAGUCUGAAAAUAGAAAGAUGAAGGUUGAGCUUGAAGAGUUCCGCACUGAAUCAACCCAUUUGAAGAAUCAACAGGCAACGAUAAGAAGACUUGAGGAGCGAACCCGCCAGUUAGAACAACAGAUGGAGGAAAAAGUGAAAGAAAUUGUUGAAAUUAAGCAACGCAAUUUGGCCGAGGAGAAUCAAAAAACUAUGGAGGUUCUUAAAGAAAGGGAACGAAUGUUGCAAGAUCAAUUACGCCAAGCUCAAGAAAGUGUUUCCACCAUGCGAAAGCUUCAUGAGUUUGCACAGAACCAGUUGUUCGAGCUUCGUGCCCAAUCAGAAGAGGAGAGAGCUGCGAAGCAAUCGGAAGUUAAUCUUCUAAUGGAUGAAGUGGAUCAAGCUCAAACUCGCCUUCUCAGUCUUGAAAGAGAGAAGGGUCUUCUACGGUCACAGUUACAAUCAGCUCAUGAUGAGAGCGGAAAUAAAAGAAGUGAUAGUGUGGAUGCAAGUACCAUGCUGGAGAAUUCCCUCAUUGCAAAGGAAAAGAUAAUAUCUGAAUUGAAUAUGGAACUUCACAAAAUUGAGACAACACUGUCUAAUGAGCGGGAAUAUCAUUUGAAUGAGCUGAAGAACUUGAAGGUUAUGCUCCAUGUGAAGGAAACUGAGCUAGAGGAGUUGAAGAAAGAGCUUCAGGCCAGGCCAACUGAGAAACUAGUUGAUGAUUUACGUAAGAAAGUAAAAAUUUUACAGGCUGUGGGCUACAAUUCGAUUGAGGCUGAGGACUGGGAAGCAGCUACAAGUGGGGAAGAAAUGAGUAAACUAGAAUCAUUACUUCUGGACAAGAACCGGAAAAUGGAGCAUGAACUGACACAGUUUAAGGUCAAAAUUGCUGAAAAGUCAGAUUUGCUGGAAGUAGCUGAAGUCAAGAUUAGAGAGCUAACAGCUCAGGUCGACGAACAGCAGAGGCUCAUCCAGAAACUUGAAGAUGACAUACUUAAGGGUUACAGUUCCAAUGAUAAAAAAGGCAGUCUUUUGGAUGAAUGGGACCUAUCGGAGUCUGGAAGCGCAAAUCAAGUUGAUAAUUCAGAACAAAGGCGUGCUCCAUCUGAUCUAGAUCAAAGUUCUAUGCUUAAGGUGAUUUGCAACCAACGGGAUCGAUUUCGAGCACGUUUGCGGGAGACUGAAGAGGAAAUAAGGAAACUGAAUGAGAGGAUUGGAAUGCUGACAACAGAGCUUGAAAAAACAAAAGCAGAUAAUGUCAAGCUCUAUGGAAAAAUUCGUUAUGUUCAGGACUACAAUGCUGAGAAAGUAAUAUCCAGAGGAUCAAAGAAGUAUGCUGAAGAUCUGGAGAGCGGGUUUAGUUCUGAUGUUGAAUCCAAGUAUAAGAAAAUAUAUGAAGAUGAUAUUAAUCCUUUUGCAGCAUUCUCAAAGAAGGAAAGAGAUCAAAGGUACAAGGAGCUCGGUCUGAGGGAUAAAAUCACUCUCAGCAGUGGACGCUUUCUUCUCGGCAACAAGUAUGCAAGAACCUUUGCAUUUUUCUACACAAUCGGGUUGCACGUAUUGGUGUUCACCUGCUUGUACAGAAUGUCUGCCUUAAGCUACCUCAGCCAUGGACCCGAGGAAACUCUUAAUGGAGAUAACAUCAAUCUUCCCCAUCCUCAAUAA